AUGGUUCUUCUGAAGAGGCUCCUAUCGAAAACUCCCUUCAUAACCCAGCAACCAGCCCCCACCAUGGCAUUCAAAACUACAAUUGAGCACUUCCCACAUCCAUUCUUUGACGGCUUCUCAGCAGAAGCAAACGUCUGUUUUCCGCGUGUUGUAGACGAUCUGAUAGUGCAGAAAUUGAGCUAUACGAUCAGAUCGAAACCUGACUGGACUACCAAAUACAAGAACGAGGAGAUCAAGAAGAAGUGGAUUGCCGAGAUGGAAGGUCAAUUGAAAUUAGAACCAGACAUUUUGCCACUUCAUCCCGCUGAAACCAUCUGGAAGUUUGUCUUUGAAGAACUAGCAUGGUAUGAAAAGUACGCAGAAGAGACAGGGUUCACUGCAGGUCCCAACGAAAAUGUGCUGUUUUCAGACAGCGCCCUUGACGACGAUUUCAGAAAAUCUUUGAAGAAGCUGGUGUAUGAAAAACUAGAGGAUGUGCCAGAGGAUUCCAAGGAUUGGCAUCCUGGAAGUAAUAACCAAGUGCUGGACUUGGUUCAUCCCUCAUUGUAUCCUUUGCAGUACGGAAAGACGCUGGUGGUGACUGAAAAGGGCUAUGAAGUCUCCAAGGUGAUAGUUCCCAAGACAAUUCCUAAAUACACUCACUACUACGGGAAAGACUUUUUAUCGGAAAACUAUCAGUGGCUCCCAUCCAUCUUUCACGUUUCAAAGAAGAAUGGUGAGUACGAUGUGAACAUUCAAUCGUACAUCAACAAUCUUGAUCCAGUGAAGUACGGCAGUCUAUACCCUUUGAUUUCCUCGGUAUUUGCCAAAGCUAUCCCUGGUUUGAACUUGCUAUUGACUCACUUGAGUAACUUGGAAAGACUGAGAGUCGAGUACCCCAGAUUUGAUUACAUGCAAUACUCUUUGGUGUAUGAUCAAGACUUCAACAACAAAUUGCAAGCGCUAGAAGCAACUAGUGACUAUGACUGGGAGGAGUAUGAACGAAUUUUUGAGCAAAGGGAGGAUCACGUAGACAAAUCCAGAUUCCCUCUUGAGUUCAAAACACCUGUUUUCGAAAAGAAGGUGGAUCUGGCAGAUUUCGGUGAUCUAAAAGUAAUUACCAAGUUAGCUAACAUACAUUUAACUCCAGAAAAACCCACAUAUCCUGGUGGCUCGUGGCACGUUGAGGGUACCGUCAAUGAAGAUAUUGUUGCGACGGUAUUGUACUAUUAUGACUCCGAAAACAUUGGAGAGUCCAAGCUUAGUUUCCGUAAUGCCACUAUUGAACCAAAAUACGAGCAGAGCGACGAUGUCACGGUUAGGAAAAUUUUUGGACUUCAUGAUGAGGACAGGUUGACGAGAUUUUUGGGAUCUGUUGAUUGUAUUGAAAACAGACUUUUGAUAUUCCCAAACGUUUACCAACAUCAUGUUGAACCAUUUGAACUGGUUGACAAAACGAAGUCGGGACAUAGGAAGAUUCUUUGUUUCUUUUUGGUGGAUCCAAAUAAUAGGCAUACUUUUGCAACUGACAAGGUGCCACCCCAACAAGAGAAUCUGUUGGGAGAUAAGAUCACUUCUUUCUUGGGCAAGGAGACUUCUAGCAAACUUCCAACGGAGAUUUUGGACUUGAUCGCCAAUAAAGUUCAAUAUACCUUAAGUUUGGACGAAGCAAAGAAAGUCAGGGAAAAGUUGAUGGAAGAGAGAACUCCUGAGGAGGAAGAUGAGUAUGGUGGAUCCAAUGUUUACACAUCGCUGUUCUCUUUGUGUGAACACUAG